AUGUCCAAAUUCGCGGAACUCCACAGCACCACAUCCACCACAAUAGAGGUACCUACCACAUCACAUGGACCUCACUAACUAUGUGGCACACAACACACAGACGAUAUAUAGCGCCAAGCAUACAGCACAACACAGCACAGGACGUCUAUAUAUCGUCAGGACGUCAAUAACUUAUCGGAGCAGGUGGUAGCGCAGUUCUACAAUGUGGUAUGUCAUGCUGCCAACACACACAUGGCACACACGACACACAGACAGGGAAAUGGCCUCUCUCUCUCUCUCCCUCUCUCUCUGUGUGUGUGUGUGUGUGUGCGUGUGUGCAGCGUGAGACGACUCUGAAGGACAUCGAACUCGAAUUCAAGUUGGAGGCGAGAAUGACCCCCCCACACACGCGCACACAUAGACACAAACACCGUGUGGAUUGAUGUGUGUGUUUAUGCGUCCAGGCGACUGGUAGGGACAAGACGUUGAUCAAGACUUUGCACAUCGACUACCCCAACGAGAUCAGCAGGGACAAGAAAAGCGCCACCAUCAGGAUACCGAGCCUCCUCAAAGGUGUGUGUGGGAGGGAGAGGGCACAGACAGCCCAGCAAACCACACACACCUUCCCCACCUCCCCUCUCUCUCUGUCUCUCUCUCUCUCUCUGUUCUCAUCAGCUGAGUAUCGCAUCCUUCUGAUCGAGUUGGAGGUGCCUGAGGAGUCCUUCUCGACUGACAAGGUAGGUCAGCCACCCACCCACCCACCCGUCUGCCUGCGUCUCUCUCCCUCUCUCUCCCAUGUAUUUAUUCUAUCUGUGCAGAGCACCCGCAUCUUGUCGGUGAGCGGCAACUACAGCGACAUGAGAGGCCCCAAGCUCCUCUCACUCACCCGAAUCGUCGAGGCGUAGCCAGACGCUGAG